CCCUUUAAGGCCCUCUUCACCUCCAACUCUCAAUGAGUGGCCCCUCUUUCCCGAGAAAGUACUGCGCAGAAUAAGCAGAUCCCGAGGAGCCGGGAGAGCCCAAGCGCACGGCUGCCGCGAGGACGGGAGGGGCGGUCGGCAGCCGCGCACUGGGGCCCCCGAGCAGGCCCAGCCCCGGGAGCACCAGCUGACUCCGCCCCGGGCCAGGAAGUGACUCGAAACACAGCGCGAAGUAGAGAGGGGAGGUCCCGGUGAGGAAUCCAAGGCCCGCCCAGAUUCGGGCCCCCUGCCCUUCUCCCCUGGGCCGGGGGCGCGGGAGGAGCCGGGGGCGCCGGGUACCGUGAGGCGCCGGCGGGACUGCGGCCGCCGCAGGCCAGGCGGGUAGGCGCCUUUCCCUGCGCCGGGCGGCGGGAGCCCGAGGCCCUGGAGCCCUGUGCGCGGGGCGGCGGCGGUGGAUCGCGGAGGAGUGCCUGGGUGAGGGUGGCUAAACCUUGGAAAUGGCAGACAAGGACCCUCCCCAGAGGGCGGCCUCCGUCCAAACCUUGGUGAGGAUUCAUCUUUAAGAAGUGUGUCGGCUCCGGAGAUUGCAGAGACCCCGAGGAGGGGACUCUUUCGUCACCCGUCCACCCCUCUGCCCUCCAGCCCGAGCUGAAGCCCCCACCAUUGCUGCUCGGGGCUGCGGUCAUGCUCUUCCAAGGCCAGACGCCCACCCCAGAUAGACAGCCCUGUUUUCCUAUGACUUCUUUCUGGAGAGAAGGUCGGUUUCCGGCUAAUGGGAUAUUCCCUUCCUAGCCCCAAGAUGGACUGAGGUGCUUGUUUUCUCCUGGGUUGUUUACCGGAUCAGUAACUAGGGCUAGGCGGCCAAGCAGCCAUGCCUACCUUGGGGGCUGGCUCCCCGUCCCCGGACCGCUUUGCCGUUUCUGCGAAGGCGGAGGACAAGGUGUGGGCGCAGCAAAGCCAUGUGGAGCACAUUUUCAGAGUGGGGAUGAGUGUCCUCCCGAAGGACUGUCCCGAGAACCCUCACAUCUGGCUGCAGCUGGAGGGCCUUAAGGAGAACGCCCGCAGAGCCAAGGAGUACCUGAAGGGUUUGUGCAGCCCAGAGCUGCAGGAUGAAAUCCACUACCCAGCCAAACUGCACUGCAUCUUCCUGGGAGCCCAGGGCUUCUUCCUUGAUUGUCUGGCCUGGAGCACAUCAGCCCACCUGGUGCCUGGGGCGCCUGGCUCACUGAUGGUCAGUGGCCUGACUGAGGCCUUCGUCAUGGCUCAGAGCAGAGUGGAGGAGCUGGUGGAGCGGCUGAGCUGGGACUUAAGACCAGGGCCAUUCCCUGCAGCCUUCCAGUAUGCUAGAGUGAGGAGGGACUUCUCUGCCUUGCUGCAGCCCCGGGGCGAUGCUCACACAGAAGCCCUCCUGCAGCUGCCCCUGGCCGUUCAGGAGGAGCUGCUGAACCUGGUGCAGGAGGUGCUCAGGGAGCAGGGGCUCCAUGCACUCCCUUCCUGGGAGUCGGGGAGCCCAAGCCCACUGGGUACUGGGCACCAGGGAGUCCAAAGAGAUUCCCUGAAUGAAGAAGACUGGGAGUUCCUGGAUGUCAGACCUAUGGAGCAGCAAGAGUCAAGGGGAGAGAGACAUGCUAUGGAGAAGGAGGGAGGGCAGCAGAGUGGCCUGAGAGAGAUGGAUUUGGGGUGGAAAAUGCUGCCUGGGGAAGAGGCCUGGGAGAGGGAAGUGGCCUUCAGGUCACAGUCAGGGGGCAGAGAGGUAAGACAGGUAGGGUCCCUGAAAGGGAAGGCCCUGGGGAAAGAGGAGGUGCUUCAGGAAGGAGGAAGGUUCUGUGUCCAGGGUGAACCUUCUGGUGCGAUUGGCACCUGUGAGAAGGCAGCUCAGUUCCGGGGAGCCUCCCUCCUCCAGCGGCUCCACAAUGGGAAAGUUUCACCUCCAAGAGUGCCUAGUCCCCCUUCUGCGCCCAGACCCCUGGGGCACUUUGGAGAGGGAGGAGACAGAGGACACAAGCAGCAGGUCGUGGCUAGAGGUCGGGGAUCUCCGAGGAAACGAGGCAUCCGGGGAGGCAACUUGGUGACCGGCACACAGCGUUUCCAGGAAGCCCUACAGGACCCUUUCACCCUGUGCCUUGCCAAUGUGCCUGGCCAGCCAGACCUGUGUCGUAUUGUCAUCGAUGGCAGCAAUGUGGCCAUGGAGCACGGCCUCCAGCACUGUUUCUCCAGCCGGGGCAUCGCCAUCGCUGUGCAGUACUUCUGGGACCGUGGCCACCGCGACAUAACCGUCUUUCUUCCUCAGUGGCGCUUAAGUAAAGAUUCCAAGGUCAGAGAGGGUCACUUCCUGCAAAAGCUGUACUCCCUCAGCCUGCUCUCCCUCACUCCCUCCCGAGUCAUGGAUGGCAGGAGGAUCUCUUCCUAUGAUGACAGGUUCAUGGUGAGGCUGGCCGAAGAGACUGAUGGGAUCAUCGUCUCCAAUGACCAGUUCCGGGAUCUGGCAGAGGAGUCUGAGAAGUGGACGGCGAUCAUCAGAGAGCGUCUCCUGCCUUUCACGUUUGUGGGGAACCUCUUCAUGGUUCCUGAUGACCCGCUGGGACGAAAUGGCCCCAGACUGGAUGAGUUCCUGAAGAAGCCGGUCAGGACACAGGGGUGUCCUAAGGCUCAGUAUCCAUCCCGUGGCUUUGCAGAACACAGUUCUCAGGAGCAGGGGAGAGAAGAGGAGGAAAAAGGCAGUGGUGGUAUUCGGAAGACCCAGGAGACUGAGCAGCUGAGGCGCCAGCUGCUGGAGGUGUUCCUGGGACAGGAUCACAGGGUGGACUUCAUCUUGCAGCGGGAGCCGUACUGCCGGGACAUCAACCAGCUCUCUGAGGCCCUGCUCAGUCUCAACUUUUGAACCUCAUCUGCAGAGUGGCUGCCACCCUGUCACUUUAGCCUCGUGCAGUUCAGCUCCUUCUGUGAGGGUCUCUGUGCUGCUUAGACCCUGAUCCAGAUUUGCUCUGAGUUGGUGCGACUUGAUCGCAUCCUGAAUCAAGACCUCAAAAUCAAGACCUGGGGUGGGGGAAGUGCUCAGGUCCUGCCAGGCUGUGGCUUUUAUCUUACCCCCUUCAUGAGGUGCUGAGUUCUCACAGAUGUAGAUGUAGCCUGGCUGUUGUACUGUAUCCACUGGUCUC